GUGGUGAGAGGGGUCUCUCUGCCACAAUCAAAAACCCUUCUUCUCAACACUUCUCUCUCUGUCACUCUCAUUACCUUCUGUCAUCAAUGGCGGCGGUCACUGCUUCCACCUUCCAUGCGGCCAUUUCUGCGCCGUUGUCGACUUCCUCCAAAACCCAUGUGGCUCCCAAAACCCUGAGCUUCGUCUCUGUGGCCUCCAAGUCCGUGAGGCCUCUCAGAGCCAGAACCAACAAUGUUGGUUCCCCUUCAGCCCUCGGAGCUCGUAUGGUCUCCGUACCCACCAUCAAGUCCCCUACUUCUCUUGAUUUUGAAACCUCCGUUUUCAAGAAGGAGAAGGUCAACCUCGCUGGUUAUGAAGAGUAUAUUGUGAGAGGAGGGAGAGAUUUGUUCCCUUUGUUGCACGAUGCGUUCAAGGCUAUUAAGCAGAUUGGCGUUAUUGGUUGGGGUUCUCAGGGGCCUGCUCAAGCUCAGAACUUGAGAGAUUCUCUUGCUGAAGCAAAGUCUGACAUCGUGGUCAAGAUUGGAUUGAGGAAGGGAUCCCGCUCUUUUGCUGAAGCUCGCGCAGCUGGCUUCACCGAAGAGAAUGGGACUUUGGGUGAUAUAUAUGAAACAAUCUCAGGCAGUGAUCUUGUUUUGCUGCUCAUUUCUGAUUCUGCGCAGGCUGAUAACUAUGAGAAAGUAUUCUCCCACAUGAAGCCAAACAGCAUCCUUGGGCUUUCCCAUGGGUUUCUUUUAGGCCAUUUGCAGUCGGAAGGACUAGAUUUCCCCAAGAAUAUCAGCGUAAUUGCUGUAUGUCCAAAGGGUAUGGGUCCUUCUGUAAGGAGGCUUUAUGUCCAAGGAAAAGAGAUAAAUGGUGCUGGAAUUAAUUCCAGUUUUGCCGUCCACCAGGAUGUUGAUGGUAGAGCCACUGAUGUGGCAUUGGGAUGGUCAGUUGCCCUUGGUUCUCCUUUUACGUUUGCCACUACACUAGAGCAGGAAUACAAAAGUGACAUCUUUGGCGAGCGAGGCAUUUUACUUGGAGCUGUUCACGGUGUUGUGGAGUCCCUAUUUAGAAGGUACACUGAAAAUGGAAUGAGUGAAGAUCUGGCUUACAAGAACACCGUCGAGUGCAUCACUGGAAUCAUAUCAAAAACCAUCUCAACUAAGGGCAUGUUGGCUGUAUACAACUCCUUGUCAGAAGAAGGCAAAAAGGAAUUUGAGGCUGCUUAUAGUGCAUCAUAUUAUCCGUGCAUGGACAUCUUGUACGAGUGUUAUGAAGAUGUGGCCAGUGGUAGUGAGAUCCGCAGUGUUGUCUUGGCAGGGCGACGAUUCUAUGAAAAGGAGGGUCUACCAGCUUUCCCUAUGGGUAAGAUUGAUCAGACAAGAAUGUGGAAAGUUGGCCAGCGAGUACGAUCAACCCGGCCUGCUGGUGACCUGGGCCCAUUGUACCCUUUUACGGCUGGUGUUUAUGUUGCAUUGAUGAUGGCCCAGAUUGAGAUCUUGAGGAAGAAAGGACACUCUUACUCCGAGAUCAUUAACGAAAGUGUGAUCGAGUCUGUGGAUUCAUUGAACCCCUUCAUGCACGCUCGCGGAGUUUCUUUUAUGGUUGAUAAUUGUUCAACAACAGCUCGUUUGGGUUCGAGGAAAUGGGCUCCCCGCUUUGAUUACAUCGUUACUCAGCAGGCCUUGGUUGCAGUAGACAACAACACACCCAUCAACCAGGACCUCAUUAGCAACUUCCUGUCAGAUCCAGUUCACGGAGCCAUUGAAGUAUGUGCACAACUGAGACCUUCUGUCGACAUUUCAGUUCCCCAAGAUGCAGAUUUCGUGAGGCCAGAGUUGCGCCAGUCGAGCAAUUGAAGCUGUAAGAGCCUUUUUUUGUUAUAGACCAGUUAUAAAUCUAGUAGUGUGUUUCAGACUUUUCUUACCGAAUCGGGACGACCGUUGCUUUUAUGUUGUUUGUAUCUGUUGUCGUGAUCUUUUUCUUAGAAAAACAAAGACCAAGUGAAUGCUCUAGUAAUUUUGAGAUGCUAUGAGAUUAUUAGUAGCUUAUGAUAUUGGCGA